CCUGAUACAUGGAGACAGACCUCAACUGCUAAACUGGGAGAGGUAUGGGCUAAGAAUUGGAGUAUUUGAAGGAACCCUACCAUCAACAGAGACAGCUGAAGUUGCUGUAGUCGCUCUUGUAGGAGGACAGUUUGUGUUUCCUGAGAACACAAUACUCGUUAGUGCUGUGUAUGCAGUCUCUGUUUCCAGACCUCUCCUUAAACCUAUGAGACUUGAGAUCCAACAUUGUGUUAAUAUUACAGCAGAACCAGGUAUUAGCAGUUAUUUGAAGUUUGCCAUAGCUCCUAUCAGCAAACCUGGUCUUCCUUACCAUUUCUCACUUGUUGACAGAGGGGAAUUUAAUGAGAUGAAUUGGUACGGGUCUAUCAACCGAAGGGAGUUUUGUCUUGUUAGUAUUGUGGGAAUCAAGAGUAAUGGAGGAGAGGAAGGAGAGGAGGAGCAAAAGCAAAAAGGAGAGGAGAAUGGAGGAGUUCAUUUUGAAGAGAAGGGAUGGCAGCAGCAACAAGAAAGAAUGGGAAGUAAUUAUGACGAAGAAAGAGUUAAUAAUGAAGAGCAUAAAGAAAAAAAAAUGGAGCCAUUGGAGCCACAAAAAGAUGUUAAGGAACUUCAAAAAACCCUUACUACUGGUGUAUCAGCACAAUCAGUGACAUAUAUUGGUAUGUUGUAUUAUGAGGCAAAUGAUGAAGAUAAUGAUGAGGUGACAUUCACUACUGCUAAAAAAUUAAAUGCUCUCAUUGAACCUAUUAAGAAAUAUUAUGCUAAAGCUAAGAUGAGACAGAAUAUUAAUUAUCGAUUUGGAGACUCAUCUGACUGUAUUGAGCUAAUAUUAGAUGACACUCAACAGACGUAUCCAUUCACUGGUUGGACCAUUCAAUCACGUGUUAAGCCUUGCAGGUUAUAUAAAGAAGACAUUGAUCAGUUCGGUGCACGUGAUCCUUUCCCUCCUAAUUUAGUGAUAUUGGUUCAUGGUUCACCUUCUUCUACUACUGUCCCUAUGUUAUAUUACGAUGUACCAUUGAAAGGUGUACAUCGUCCAGUAACACUAUGCAUUGAUGGAUCAUUGAGGAACAUUCCCUCAGAUAACUGGUCUACAUCGAAAAUAGUGUUUGUUGUUGUUAUUAUACUACUUGGACUAAUGCUCUCUGCUUCAUUAGGAUAUUUAGCUUUCCACUUUAAAUCUGUUAUAGGAAUUUAUGGACUAGUACUGCUUGGAGGGAUAUUUCUAAUUUUGUCUGGAUAUUUUGUUUUUAUCUGGGAUUCUACUCUGGUAACAGUGUUUUAUGGACUUGUACUUGGGCUUACAGUCUCAUCUUUAGCUGAAUAUUUUUCCAUAUGGGCUCGUA